AGCUCCAAAUGAACGAAACAACAUACAACUUGCGAUAUUUUAAUUAUUUAAUUAUAAUCUUAUUUAUUUAUUUAUCUACAUUGUUUUAAUUUAUUGAUCAGCUAGCUUAAUUAUCUUCAAUGGCAAGCAAUGUGUUGACAUGCUCGGCUGCUGCGACGACUCUGGUGUCGAACAACAGGGUCGUCUCGGGCCGCAGCCCGGCAAUGAUUGGGCUAGGGCAGCGUUCUAUGGUGUCCCUAACACCGUCAUUGAAGACACCUUCAAUGGUGGUGAGAGCCCAACAAGGUGGAAGUCCUAAGAAAAUGGAUCCAGUUACUGCUGAGCAUUUUCACAAAAAGGUUGCCCUCCUUGAGACCUCUCCUUAUGUGCGCACCCCUUGGAACACGAACGAGGACGAGCACGAGAUCAGGAUGUGGUUCGAUAUGCCAGGACUCGCCGGUGAAAACAUCGACGUUAACGUCAUCGACGACUUGCUAGUGAUCAAGGGAGAUGGUGGAGUUGAUGCAUUUGGAAACAAGAUAUUCAGUCCAUAUGAUAGCAGGGUUCAACUUCCAAAUAACUCUUGGAAAGAAGAGAUUACUGCUGUCUUUAAGAAUGGUGUUCUCUACAUAACUGUGCCUAAGAUUACCAAAUUUGAGCACAAGGUUAUCCAUGUUCCUGUUAGAUCCGUUUAAUUUCCUCAAAAUAUAAUUGAAUGUGAUCGAAUUAAUUAAGUGUCUUCUAUAAGAGACAGAGUUAUAAUUAACGGCCCCUUUGAUAGCCGACUGUUCUGUAUUUUUAUGAGCUUCUCUUUGAGAUACUGUGUAAUAGAGAAGCUAUAUAUCUACGUACGUACUUUGGUUUAUAUGUUUCAAGUUGUAUGACUUUGUUGUUGAAUGAUAUAUUAAGAUAUGUGUUUUAAUA